AUGCGCUUCGGGAAGACUCUCCGGUCUUCCAUCAACGAGCCAUGGAAGGGCAAGUACAUUGACUACACCAAGCUCAAGAACCUGCUGCGGGAGGACAAGUUCGAGGACGAUGACGUGCCGUGGACCGAGGACGACGAGAACCGCUUCUGCGACGAGAUCUUCAACGUCCAGCUCGAGAAGGUCGCCCAGUUCCAGGAGGAGACGGUCGCCAGCCUGCGCCAGCGCGUCGAUGCCGCCUUUGAGAAGCUGAGAGAGCUGGCGCCGCCGGCCGCCGAGGGCAAGUCGAAGGGCGACAUCACCACCCAGCGGCUGAAGGAGCUGGAGGCGGAGCUCGACGAGAUCACGAACGAGGUCAAGGAGCUCAAGAAGUACAGCAGUGUGAACUACACGGGGUUCCUGAAAAUUGUCAAGAAGCAUGAUCGCAAGCGGGGUGAUCGAUACAAGAUCCGGCCCAUGAUGCAGUACAGCUUAUCCCAGCGGCCCUUCAACUCCGAGCAUGCGUACAGCCCGCUGCUGAACAAGCUGUCGCUGAUGUACUAUGCCAUCAGGCAGCACCUAGAGGAGAAUGCACUGGCGGAUGCGCUGCCCACGGAUGCGGACAGCCAGGCCGAAACGCACAAUGGCGAGCGGUAUACUGCACACAAGUUCUGGGUCCAUCCGGAAAACCUCCUAGAGGUCAAGACGUAUAUUCUCCGCCGCCUACCGGCACUGGUGUAUAGCAAUUCGUCUGCCAAGGAGGCUGACGGUAUUGACGAUCCGACACUCACGUCCCUCUACUUCGAUAACCGCAAGUUCGACCUCUACCUGAGGAAACUGGACCGGGAAGUGGAAGCGUCGUCUCUCCGAUUGAGGUGGUACGGCCAGUUGGGCUCGAAGCCUGAUAUUGUGCUCGAGCAGAAGACCAUCCAUGACAAUGGAAGCAGCGAGGAGCGCAAGUUCACCAUCAAGGAGAAGUACAUCAAGCAGUUCCUGAGCGGCGAGUACAAGAUGGAGAAGAGCGUGCAGAAGAUGGAACGACAGGGCCAGAGUGGGGAGGACGUCGAGGCGUUCAAGACGACGGUGGACGAGAUCCAGGAGUUCGUCAAGAACAACAAGAUCGAGCCGAUCCUGCGGGCCAACUACGUUCGCACUGCUUUCCAGAAACCGGCGGACGACCGUGUACGAAUUGCGAUUGAUACUGAGGUCGCCUUCAUUCGAGAGGAUUCGCUAGACACUAGACGUCCAUGCCGUGACCCCGGCGAGUGGCACAGGGCAGACAUCGACAAUAGAAACAUAACCUACCCUUUUAAGGACAUCAACCAGAGCGAGGUUUCGAGGUUCCCGUACGCCAUUUUGGAAAUCAAGCUCAAGGAGGACGGCGUCCACAAGCGGCCGAUCUGGGUAGAAGAGCUGAUGGCGUCACAUCUGGUUCACCCCGCGCCUCGGUUCUCGAAGUUCGUUCACGGCGUGGCCUCGUUGUUCGAUGACUACGUGAACAGACUGCCAUUCUGGCUGAGCGAGCUGGAUGCGGAUAUCCGUAAAGACCCGCAAGCUGCUUUCGAGGAAGAGGAACAACGGAAGGCCGAGCGAGCCGCUGAUGAGCAGGUUGUAGGGAGUCUUCUGGGGUCAAAGGCUGUCUCAUUCCAACCCGCAAGAAGCUCACCAAUGGCGAAGUCAUAUCUCCAAGACAGGAUGGCUCGAGACUCAAAUGCGGGACUGCCAUAUUCGUCAUCUGAUGCUCACCUACCGCGGACCAAGUCACCGGCAACCGAAAAUGGUGACGCUGGUGACGAGGCGCGGAACUAUGGGACAUUGUCUUCUGUGCUCCCCAGCUUUUCGAUGACCAAGUACUCGAAGGCGAAGAGAGCCAAAGAGGCUCCCCUUCCAGAAGGAGUCAAGGAGCCCGAGACUUGGAUCAAGAAUGCUGGCCCCUUGAAGAUUGAGCCAAAGGUAUGGCUUGCCAACGAGCGCACGUUCCUCAAGUGGCAGCAUAUCUGCAUCCUGCUUGGUGGCCUUGCUGUAGCGCUGUACAGCGCAGCCGGUGAGAGCCUCAUCGCAGAGUUUAUGGGCAUUGCGUAUAUCCUCAUUGCUGUGUUCGCUGGACUCUGGGGCUAUUACAUGCUGAAGACGCGACGGGCCAUGAUCAUUGCGCGCAGCGGCAAGGACUUCGACAACAUAAUCGGGCCGAUGGUUGUGAGCGCAGCACUGAUGCUCGCACUGAUCUUAAACUUCAUCUUCCAGUAUCAAGCAGCAGUUGCAAGAAUGGAGAAGGACGCCGUAGUCUUUGAAAAUAAGACUGUAGAGAUUGAUAGAGUAGAGCUGCUCUAG